AUAUUCCGGCACAUAUCUUCUUAAACCCAGGAAUUCAAAGGACAUCUUUUUCCCCCAAUCUGAUAAACCCUAGAUUCUGAUGUGAAUUUCCGAUGGCCAUUUCUACCGGCGUCGGAUUCUACCGCCUUCCGUAUUCGCCCCUCCGUGCUCCUCUCCGCCGUUACAUUCUUCAGGUAAGACUUGGCUAUGCCGAUGCAGUUGAUGCAUUUGAUGACACAAAGAGUCACAAGGUGUUUGAUAGUGUGAGUGGCGGUAGUGAUGCAAAUGGUGAGGCUUUGGAGUGGAAGAAGUUGAAAUCGAAAGACCUUGGAAUCAGUACUUCGAAAAUUUCACGGCCUACCAGAAUUGUUCUUAAUGGUCUUCGAAAACGAGGUUUCGAAGUUUAUCUAGUCGGGGGAUGCGUAAGGGAUCUUAUCUUGAAACGAAUACCUAAGGACUUUGAUGUAAUAACCACCGCUGAACUUAAAGAGGUGAUGAGAACAUUUUCUCGAUGUGAGAUGAUUGGCAGACGCUUUCCAAUCUGCCAUGUGCACAUUGAUGAUACCAUUGUAGAGGUUUCAAGCUUUAGCACCCGAGCAACAAAGUUUGGGAGGGAAUUGAGUUUUGAUCCUGAGAGGCCUGAUGGCUGUGAAGAGAGGGAUUAUGCUCGCUGGAAAAAUUGCCUCCAACGGGAUUUCACAAUAAAUGGGUUGAUGUUUGACCCUUAUGCCAAGUUGGUUUAUGAUUACAUUGGUGGAGUGAAUGAUAUUAGGAAAGCUAAAGUGCGAACCAUUAAACCCGCCAAUCUUUCAUUGACCGAGGAUUGCGCUCGUAUUCUUCGUGCUGUUAGAAUUGCUGCUCGAUUGGGUUUUGGACUUUCAAGAGAGACAGCCCUUGCAAUAAAAAAGCUAUCCACUUCAGUUUUACGGCUUGAUAGGGGAAGGCUUCUCAUGGAAGUCAAUUACAUGAUGGCUUAUGGUUCUGCAGAGGCCUCGUUAAGAUUAUUAUGGAAGCUUGGUCUUCUGGAGAUACUUCUGCCUAUUCAGGCAGCGUAUUUUGUCGGCAGUGGUUUUCGCAGACGGGAUAAGCAGUACAACAUGCUUUUGUCUUUAUUUUCCAACCUUGAUAAACUUCUGGCACCCGACAGGCCAUGUCACACUAGCUUAUGGUUUUCACUUUUGGCAUUUCACGAAGCACUAUCGGAAGUGCCAAGAGAUCCAUUAGUGGUGGCGGCAUUCAGCCUUGGUGUCCACAAUGGUGGAGAUUUAUCGGAAGCAUUGAGUAUCGCAAGACGCAUUAAUAAACAACACGACAUAAGUUUUCAAGAAUUAACGGAAUCUAAAUAUAUCGAUUCCGACAAGCUAUUGGCCGAGGUUAGGAGUCUAGCAGCUUCCGUUCAAAGUGCACUCACUCGUAUGACAGACGAGUAUUCUGUCUCUCAGGCAAUGGCACAAUACCCCAAAGCACCGUAUUCGGAUCUUGUAUUUUUUCCGAUGGCGCUUUACUUGAGGGUCCGGAAGAUAUUUGAGUGCGUUAAAAGCGGAAGAGAAAGAGGAUUUGUACCGAAACACGGUAGUAAGAUCGAUUACGAAUUGUUAGGUAUGGGGAGUUUAAGAGAAGUUAGGCAUGUAUUUGCAAGAGUAGUCUUUGAUACCAUAUACCCCAUUGAUGAUCAACUUGAGGAAUAAAUGAUUAUUUGAAAUACAAUCUGAAGCAUGAAAUCCUUUGAUGUAUUGUGCCUGCUUGUAAUUUUAUUUUUUUAUUAAAUUAAAAUUAAUAAAAUACCAUUAUUUUUAAUGUUUAUUUUGCACAU